ACCUGUGUAGAGUGUAAACUAAAUUGGAGCAGAAAAAGGACCACAAAGCCAGGGUUAAUUGUGGCUUUAAACUGGAACAAGCUUAUAUCGAACUAAAUAUCCUAGCUUUUUCCCGUCACUUUCGAUAGCAGCAGCGCUUGGGCCUAUCGAAGUCUGGGGCACCUCUAGCAACAAUUCUCGGGAGCAACAAAUUGGAAAAAUGGAGCAUAACAAGAAGCCGUUCUUUGAAAACCCCCGAUACCUUGAGAAAAAGCACAAAAGGGAGCUGGAAACUCGCACAAAGACCUGGGGCACGGUCAAGUUCAAACCGCAGGCGUACAGAUCCAAUAAACCCGCCUUCACGCCGCCCGAUCCGCAGGCCACAGCGAAACCCUGGCAGCACGUGAAGAACGACAUAAUCGACGAUUCGGAGGAAUUGAGCCAUGCCAGUCGCCUGGAUGUGGACAGCGAGGACGCCAGGCAGUUCAUGCAGCAGCGGGAGCAGAACCAUCGGCGCAACAUCAUCGAGACCAGUCGAUCGGAGCCCACCAAGUGGGAAACCUUUGACGAUGAGCAGCCCUCUACCUCUAACAAGCUAAAGAAGAGGGAGAAGGAGAAGUCCAAAUUUUGGCAGUGCGACAAGUCCAAGGGCGAGCUGCCCACGGACGCCAAGAACUUCACAUUCAGGGAACGCAACUUUUUCCGCCGAAAGAUAACGAUGGGUCUAGCGGUGGGUGGCGUAAGUCUCGAAAGUGCCAUACAAGAUUUGAAGAAAAACCAUAGGCAGCUGCAGCUUCAGCCAGUAGCCACCAAUAGAUUCAAUACAAAAGACUCUAAUCCGGCUGAAAAGGUCAAAAGCAAUCCUUUUCCGAAAAGCAGUAAGCCCUUCCAGGACCGCAAGGCCUUUCAGAAGGGGAGCAAGCCUUUUCAGAAGGGGAGCAAGCCCUUUCAGAAGGGUGGCAAGCCCUUCCAGAAAGGAGGCAAGGGAAAAAAGUCCCAAGAGGAAUAAUAGUUAACUACAAUUAAAGCCUAGAAAUAAAUGAAAUAAAGCUAAA